CCAAUCAUCUGAUCAAAAUUCAAAUAACCUUUUGACACCGUAGCUAGAACUAGAAGAUAAGAACAAACUCCAAAAUACAAAACAAGAUGAAUAUAAAAAUAAAAAACCUGUCAACAUCCCUCUGUAUUUUCCAGAACACUCCCCACUCUCUUCUCCGGUCUGUCAUUAGACUCAUUACUCCAAUCUCACUCAUAUUAAUCAUCAAACAAAUAAAAAACAAAUCAUUAAAAGUAAGGAUUAGCUUAAAUAAUCCCAUUAGCCCAAUAAUUAUAGCAGCACCUAAUGAUAGACUUUUUAAUAUUUUAGGCUAAGCAAAAUGCGAAAAACCCGCUAUAAAUGACAACCCAUUCCCUAUCCAUUCAACAGAAAAUAAAACCAAUCAAAUGCUUGAUCAGAGCAAACGAGAAAAAGAAAAAAAGGAAUCUUUAGAAUAAAAACUAGAACUUUAGAAAAAUUUCCAUGGCUGAGAACAAGGAGGAAGAUGUUAGGCUCGGUGCCAACCAGUUCACUGAAAAGCAGCCGCUGGGCACGGCCGCUCAGACAGACAAGGACUACAAGGAGCCACCGCCGGCGCCGCUUUUCGAGCCCGGCGAGCUGAAAUCAUGGUCCUUUUACCGGGCCGGGAUAGCCGAGUUCAUGGCCACUUUCUUGUUUCUGUAUAUUACGAUAUUGACAGUGAUGGGUGUUGGGAGGUCGCCUAAUAGGUGUGCCUCUGUGGGGAUUCAGGGUAUUGCUUGGGCCUUUGGUGGUAUGAUCUUUGCACUUGUCUACUGCACUGCUGGUAUCUCAGGAGGGCACAUCAACCCAGCUGUGACCUUUGGUUUGUUCCUAGCUAGAAAGCUAUCUUUGACAAGGGCCCUAUUCUACAUAGUGAUGCAGUGCCUGGGCGCCAUAUGUGGGGCUGGGGUGGUGAAGGGCUACAUGGAGGGACCUUAUCAGGCGCUUAAUGGCGGGGCCAACUUUGUGAACCAUGGAUACACAAAAGGCUCUGCUCUUGGUGCCGAAAUCAUUGGCACCUUUGUUCUUGUCUACACCGUCUUCUCGGCUACCGAUGCCAAGAGAAGCGCAAGAGACUCUCAUGUCCCCAUUUUGGCUCCUCUUCCAAUUGGGUUUGCUGUCUUCUUGGUUCAUUUGGCCACCAUACCUAUCACCGGCACUGGCAUCAACCCUGCCAGGAGCCUUGGAGCAGCCAUUAUUUACAAUCGAGACCAUGCCUGGGAUGACCACUGGAUCUUUUGGGUGGGACCUUUCAUUGGAGCUGCUCUUGCCGCCGUGUACCACCAGAUUAUCAUCCGAGCUAUCCCAUUCAAGAGCAGCCGGUCUUCCUAAGAUGCCCGCUGUUUCUCAUUUGAUUAUCCUUUUUUCUUUUUUUUUUUAAUUUCCUUUGUGAAGUGUAAUUCUCUUCUCUCCAUGUGUGUGUAUGUAUGUGUUUAAGAUGUCAAUUUGUGUGUUUUACUAUGAGACGAUGUAUCAAUCCUUCUUGUUUGCUGUAUCUGAUGAAUGAAGAAGUAUUUCUGUAUUUGUAUUAUUUUCUUCUUCUCUUCCAUGUUUCGUUUCAUUUCAUUUUGGUGUAAUUUGGGAUGUUAUUCUGUAAAUAAAUAAAUAAUCAUAUAAUAAACUUUUUUGAAAGGAC